AUGGAAGUGCUCACAAGGCCGAAGUCACCGACUCGGCUAGAAGCGAUCACUAAGAAUUAUACCAAUCCACCUCAGUACAGUAAUAAUGUGCUCAUAGGAAAUUGGGUUGAAAAUAGAAUCGAAUGCCCCAAAGCUGGUACUUUCUAUUUUCCACCAAAAGAGCAUAUAGAUUAUGAAAAAUUAAGACCAGAAUCAAGAAGGAAUGACUACAGAAGUAAUAAACUAAACAGUAGUCAGGGUAACGUUCCGUCAGUGAUUCAUCACGACAGUCAUGACGGGUGUCCCAACUACGCCACUAUUAAUGACCUAGUUUACAACCAUUUGCCGAAACCGUUGUGCGGCCCUAUACAGCGGUAUUACAAAAGAGCCCCGCAUCAGUUCUACCCGCAACCGGAUCUUAUGAAAUGUUUUGGUAAUGUCACCGAGUGGGGCUUGAGAACAGCAUUGAAAUACGAGUGGAAGUGCACUGACGUGUCGGACUAUCAAUCAAGCCUGUAUGAAGACACGUACGUGCCGCCACGCCCCCAUCAGUACCUGCAGCGUAAUGAGAGGAGAGCAAGGAAUUCGAGUUUCACAAAAAGUUUCAAUUUUAAGAUGACAAAAUCAAAAAAAUGA